AUGUUCAGCGGAUAUCUUCAAGCUGCAUUAUAUUCUGCUAUGAAUGGCACAGGUGGGCUAGCUGGUUGGAGGUGGUUGUUUAUUUUCGAUGGAGUAAUUACAUUGCCCAUGGCGUUGUGGUAUAAGAACCAAACCAACCCGUCCUUCUGUUGCUUCCGGCUGACAUUAUUUCUGGCAUACUACGCGCUCCCUAAUCUUCCUUCAAAUACCAGAGUCAACUGGCUGAAGCCAGAAGAAGUUUCGCUUGCCCAACAAAGAAUGGUGGAUGCAGGGAAAGGAAAAGACGAACCCGUAACUUUCAAUGGACUUAAGCGAGUCCUUGGAAAAUGGCAUUUCUGGGUAUACACGACUUAUUACACGUAAGACCUAUCACCUAGAAACUUUCCAAAUACCGCUAAAUACUUUCCAGAUUCUUCAUCUGCAGCGAAAACAUCGGCUUGUACAUGAACCUCUGGCUAAAAAGUCUACACCGAUACUCCGUCCCACAAAUCAACACCUACCCAACCGUCAUAAAAGCCGUCACAAUCCUCACAACCCUCAUCUACGGCUGA